UAUUUUCCUCCACAAAAAGUAGCGGAGCUUCUUUUUAAGCAACAGCGGGACGAAAUGGCUUCAAAAGAACAACAAAAUGACCUUGCUGGAGGCUGCCUCAUUCUUCCAUCUUUAAUGAUUUGUAGUACCAUUGGCAAGUCAGAACAUGCAUAACCCGUGGUGAUAUAAAACCAGAAGAUGGCAGGACUGCCAGAGCCUGGGUACCCUCCAGGGGAGGGCACUUUGGAGGCUGAGGCAUUUUCUAUUUCCUAUUUGGCUGGCAACCGAUUAAACCUGGAUGUCUAUCCUGAGAGCUGCCGCUUGUUCCUCAAGCUGCUGGAGAGCAGGAGAGAAGAAGUAGAACAGGUGGAGUUCUUGAGGCUGAACUGCAACGAGGACCUUAUCACUUCUACCCUGAGCAGCCUUCCUGCUUUGAGGGGCUUGAAAUCUCUUGUGCUCAAAGGUGGACAUUCCAGAGAUGACAUUGGUGCAUAUCAGAAAGGAUUGCUAGCAUCUUUGCCACAAGAGUUUGGGCAGCUACAAUGCCUUGCUCAUCUAGAUCUCAGCUUCAACAGCUUCACCAUUUUACCUCCCUGCAUUACUAAGCUGGCCAGCCUCAGUUUUCUCUCCGUCAACCACAACAAUUUGCAGAGGCUGCCUGAGGACUUUGGCCAGCUUGCCAAGCUGACUUUUUUCUCUGCCAUGAAGAACCAGCUCAAAGGUUUGCCGCAGAGCAUCGGGGGGUUGGCAGCAUUGCAGACAUUGAACCUCUCCGAAAAUGCACUGGAAUCACUCCCCGAAGAGAUUGGGAACUUGCACAGCUGUACUGAACUUGAUCUCUCUGAAAAUGAAUUAACAGGAAUACCAAGUUCUCUUGCCAAUUUACAGUCUCUGCAGCAGCUGCAUCUUCACAGCAAUCUUUUGACAACUGUUCCUGCCUCCCUUGCCUGCCUACCUCACUUGUCGAGACUUGAUCUGCAGAAUAAUAGGCUUCGAAGCAUCCCUCCGGAGAUUGAGAGUUUUCCUUUUGUGCAUCUAAGGGGCAAUCCUCUAGGAGAAUUGGAGGUGCCUCUGCAGUCAGAUGACUCUAGUCGAGAAGAAUUGCAGAGUGUGUAUCUUAAAGCUGAUGAAAACAGCUUUACUGUGACUCCUGAAGGCUGCCGCGUCUUCUUGGCUUGCGGCAUUCAACUCCGUUUCCCACUGGGUGCUACAACUACUCUAGUAACUAUUCACUUCCGGAAAUGCUUCCCUGACCCUCAUUGGGUGAAGCUGAAGCACCAUGACAUCCUGCUAAGUGAAGUCCUGGAACUGCAGCCCCAUGGGAUUCAUUUCCAGCAGGAGGUGCGGAUCUGGAUGCCCUAUGCUUCUCCUCAGAGCCUGAAUGACCGUGAGCUCAUAAUUCGAAACUUUGAUGGGCAGAAGUGGAGUGAUUUGAAAACUAGAGUGAAAUCCAAAGGCAAGGUGCUUCCUGUAUUAGCAAAGGACCUAAGAGAGAUCACUGGUGAUUCUGAAACAGUUGCCAGCCCUCUCCUCUGUCUCUCUCAAAGUUCCACUGUGGAUUUUCUUCAGCCUGUUAAAAUUCAGCUUCCACUGCCUCCUGGUGUCACAGGUCUAACCUUGGAUCGUUCCAGAGUACAUUUGUUGCACAGUGACUGGGAUGCUCAGAACUGGAGUGACAUCACCGAUCAAGUGAUACUGGAGUUUACCCACCUCUAUGCCUUAUUUGAAGUAACACACUUCUCUUGGUAUUGGUUAUGGUGCACCACAAAGGCCUACAUUGGUGGCUUUGCUAAAGAAGUCUAUAAAAGAUUGCGGGAGACCGUUUCCAUUGCGCUGACACUAGCAUAUUUUUCAGCCUUUUGUGGAAUUGUUAUUCGUUAUGUGGAUCCUGUUUUGAAAAAGCUCCAUGACCGAUAUCGAGGCCCUGAGCCAUCUGACAUUGUGGAGAUGUUUGAAGGGGAGCAGUUCUUUGCAGCUUUUGAACAGGGUAUCAGCAUUGAUGCAGGUGAAAUGUCAAACAGCUUGUCUACAUUUACAUAUGUAUGCCUCUAUAACUCAAGUUUAGUUGUGAAAUUCCAAAUCAAAGCAAAAACAAGAUUGGAUAAAUGUUAUCCAAAAUCAGUGAUCAAGGUGAUAGAUGUUGAAGUCCAACAGAGCUUGGAGUCUUUUCCAAGUGGGAAAAUGUCUUUCUUUAAAUCUGUAAAACUGAAAACUCAGGUAAACAAGCAGUCCACAACUCCAGAUAGCUUCUCUCUUCCUCCUUUGAAUUUGGGGAAUGCUGAAACUGGCUAUUUGACUCAGUCCAAUCUCCUUGGCAUUGCUGGACGCAUGGGAGCUGAAUGGAGAAUCAUUGGAUUAAACCUGGGAUUAUCCUAUCAGCAGUUGGAACGGAUACAGUAUAACAACAGGGAAGAUCUCCAUACUCAAAUUCUAGAUAUGCUCUUCUCCUGGGCUCAGCAAAAUGAAAAGAAGCCUGACUGCAUAGACAAGCUGAUUAAGGCCAUGCAGGAUAGUGGCCGCCAAGACAUAGCAGAUGAGAUCACCACCAUUAUUGGACUGGGAAGGCAAAAAUAUACAGAGUCUAUUCAGAGGGUAGGCCUGCACCGGGAAAGUAGUACAGAAGAUUCUGCUAUUGUUACAGGAUAAUUGCUAGACAAUUAUGGAUUAGUCAAUAAAAUAGGAUUAAUCAAAUCCAGGCUAUUUCUUCUUCAAGAUUACUGUUACUGUCCAAUUCUUCUCUUUAGUGUUUGCUGCCAACUAGCUAUGUUUCUGUGCCACAGUGGCUUUUACUGGAUACUGGUAAGCAGCCACUUGCAAAUUCACCUGGGAUAAGUUAGAUUUCCAAUUAAGUUUUACUAAAGUUUUACUUUUUUAAGGCAAAAAUUAUCUUAAAAUACAUAAGGCAGACCAGUGGACAAUAUGCUGCCUAUGGAACAAAAAGGAGUUUAUUUUUGGUUUGUUUGUUCCUUGUGGGUAGAACUUCUGAGUCUCCCAAGGUUUAAAGUGGCUCAAGUGGGCUGUCUUAAGGAGAUGGAAUCUCUGUCAUGUUUUGUUACCUUGCAGCAGAAUUUCUGAAACACAGUCAGGAACUAGGGCUCUGCUGGUGUGAUUUAACACAGUGGUUUCCCAUAAUUUGUUUCAUCCUUUUGGAUGUUAUUAUCUAUACUAAGAAAAGCUGGAUUUUGGAACCUAUAAAACAGAAUCAUUCUUUCACAUUUUAUUUUGCACCUAACCUAAAGUCAGGUAUUUACAGGAAAAAAGGAAGAGCACUGAAGAAUACUAAACCACAAGAUAUGCUUCUCAGCCCCACUUUGAUCCUUCUAAAAUGUUCCUUUAAAAUAAAUAAAUACAUAAAUAAAUAAAAACAAAAGCCUAGUAGACCAUAAACAGAUUGCACAAUAUCCUCUGACAAACAUGUUGUAAAUCACUGUAUCUCUGGAGAUACCUCUGUAUCUCCACUUAAUAUAUUAAUGUCAUGUUUUUGUUUGUGACUUAGCAUGAACACUUAACCAUUGUUACUUGUAAAUUGUCAUUUAUGGUUUGGUAUUAUAUAUGAUUCCACUAAUUUUGGUUUACUCAGUAGGCCGUGGUUAAGGCAAAUUAUGUCAACCAAGGUAAUGUGUCAGAUCCAGGGCAAAUUAUGUAAGGUAGAUCCACAACCAUUUAUCCUAAAUAGCUAAGAUAUAAUCAUGGCUGUAGUCAAAGUUAUCUGACUAUUAGGACAAUGUUGAUUUCGGGUUAUGUUUAAAAAAAAAGUUUCUGACUGCUUUGAGUCACUUUAUCUGCUUUUAACUAGGUUUACUAAAGUUAUUGCUAGAGUUUAUUGCUUAUAAAAUGUAAGGAUAAAUUUAGUAUUGUUCAAUUUUGAAAAAAAUAAAUUACAACAGACUAACAGGGAAAAUAUAUGUUGACACUGCUGCUGAAAGUUGACCAUGAUGUUGAAAACAGCUUUCUAAUCCUUUUGUGUCACCACUCUCAGAAAUGAGAAGGCAGCUGUCAUAUUUCUGUCCUUUUCCUUCUUACCCUUCAGCAUUUGCUUUUCGGUUCUUGCCAUCCUCUUUUCAUCCCUCAUUCUCUCAGGUUCAGCUGCCCUUUUAGUAUCUGUUCUCAUAUAAAGUGAACAAUUUUUAUUGUUCUUUUUUAAAAAAAUGGACAGUUUUAAACUAUCCUAGAAAUUGGAAAUAAUUUGAUCAUUGUUUCUGUAAGCCAUCAAGCCAGUUCUGAUCAAACUGACAAGGUGCUCCUUUUUACAGAAAGGUUGUCUUUGGUAAAUGUAUUUCUACUUUUUAAUCAUCAUGUCCUGUCAGGAGGUUCAGGCUGCUACACUGUUUGACUGUGCUAUUUUUUUAAAAUUGUGCUUUUUAAAAAAAUGUAAAGCUGUUUGAUAUUUUCUGCAGAUGCUGAUAAAAGUAAGUUUUUCCCCAUUUGGAAAGCUGUGGUAUUUUAUUUGAUGUUCGAGAUGUCCAUCUUUACAGUGGAUUUAUAAGAAUUAAAUAAGCUCUAACCAGGUGGAUUUUUCUUGGUCCUGCUAGCCCUUCAUCUCAGUUCUAACAAGACCUUAAGUCCUGUUACCCCUCCCCAGUAGGAAUUGCCAGGGUGCUAUUAUUUCUGUAUUCUUCAGGUAGUUGGCACAUUUAAGAAUGAAAUGUUUCUAUUUUAAUCUGUCUUAUUAUUUAUUCCUUCUCUGGCCCUGCCAAGAAUAAUUUCUUUAGAGAUUAAAAUUGUCUAACAUCUCCCCGCCCCCACUUGUUUUGGUGUAUGAUUUUUACACUUGCCUGCAUUAGGAAAA